CACAUCGCCUCCGUCUGCGUAUGUGUUAUGACCAUCUUGUUCUGUCACACUGGGGGGCUGUUGUGCUUGUCGAGUGCUGUGAUGAGGGGUUGACGUCAGGUCGAGUGGACAACUGCGCCCCCUAGUAUAAAAACCAGUCGCCACCCACGUUGAUCUUCCUUCCUCUCCAUCACUCUUGUUCCCAACACUCCACCGACAUCCCUCGCAAUGCCGUCCACAAUCGACCACACCGCGUUCCCCUUCAUCAUCGACCGCAUCAUCCUCCACGCCGAGCUUGACGCUCUGCUCGUCAUCCGCGCGACGUCUAAGGAGCUCCGCGACUACAUCGAUGCGAUUGUCUUCUCCCACGUCCGCCUUCGAGACGGCCCACCAGGCGGUUACAGGGGCCCACCGAAGAGAUUUGCCCUCUUCCCCCCCAGGAGCACGCCCCGUACGGCCCUUUCAGCACGCCACAGUCUCCAGUGCAAGACCCGUCUUCCUUUCAUUGCUCACGCUGUCAAAGUCCUCGACAUCCACGACGCCGGAUUCUCGUACGUUGGCGGCGGCGACCGUGAUCUUCCACCCGCCCUCAUGAGCGCCUUUACCAACGUCACCACGCUCAGGCGCCUCAACUGGGCCUCCGUGGAGCUCAAGUGCCAUGCUCCGUUUGGGGCGCCGGUUCACACCGUUGUCGACGACCUCAACACUGGCGACCAUGACAUCUGCACCGAGUACCACAUCCAGUGCAUCCCCGGAGCGAAGCGUCAUGUCGCGCACCUCCGUUGGGACCAAGACCUGAACCAAUACUGCGACCUCGACGUCGACGUCAACAAGGUGCCCGAGCUCGAAGAGUUCGUCCUCGUCCUCUGGCCCCAUUCGAGUGGUGCGCGGCACGGCAUGCGCGGGCAAAUCUCGCAAGAGCUCUACACACUCCUUCACAGCCUUCUGCCCCUCGCUCAGCGCGGCGGAUCCAUCGUUGUCGUUGGGCUUGAGGGUGUACAGGAGGACCAAAUCGACCCCCUCUACUCCAGCUUGAGCAACAUGGACGACCUCCGCAAGAUUCAACCCGACCCCUUCCUCCUCGGGCUUUUCUUCGUGUGGACCGACUAUAUGGGAAACGAUAUGACCAAGCUGUACAAGUCGAUCACUCGUCUCACCCUCAAGCAGUGGCACGAUACUCUCAGCGAGUCGGAAAAGACCCUUAUCGGCUGUCGCCCGAUGCUCACGAGUUACCGCAACCUUCCGCUGUGAGGUACUUGAGUCGAGAGCAAGACCCUCCACCCGAACUAAGACCCCUCGAUCCGGACCAGCCUCGGCAUGCGCAAAACGGCCGGCGACCGAAUGACAGAUGGCCCUCGGGCAGGAUGGACUUAGGCGAGUCGAUGGGAGGACAAUGACGAUACAUUCAUGUUCGACGUGACUGUGAGUAUGCAUGUGUGGUGUUGUGUGACGCGGUGCACCUGCCGAUGUGCGCCCGGGUGGGACAGAGGGGCACAAAAGGUGCAAAUUCUCCAUGCUCGAAUUGACGAGUUUGACUCUUCA